AUGGAUAAGGAGCUGGGAGAUCCUAUUAUCUUGGGAAGACCUUUCCUAGCCACUGAUGGAGCUGUAAUAGAUGUCAAGGAGGGAUUGGUAACCUUGAACAUAGCUAAGGAUGUGAUCAUGAAAUUUGAUAUCAACAACCCAACCAACUUGCCCUCUAGGUAUCAGCAUUUUGUUCUUAAUGACAAGGGGGGUCAUGAGAUCUCAAGUGAAGUGGAAACUCCCAGGGUUAAGCUCUCUUCUCAAGAGGAAUCAGUUGAAAAGCUCAAGGGUUCAGUUCAGGAGUUGACUGAUUUGGUGAAAGACCUCCAAGUGCAACUCAACAAGAGGCCAUUUUAUGAGAGUGUAGAUGGUUUUGGAAUGAAUUGGACUUGUGCAAGUAGACUCGCAAGCCCACUCGACCGGUCCACCAGAGGUAACCCUCGAGAACUUUGGAACAAAAACUGGAGAUACCUAGCAGAAGAUGUGCAUCAUAACCGAAGGAAGAUCUUUGAUUUCACAGAUUUGGACCUAACCGAUGUAGAACUUGAGCAAUAUGCUUUAAUUGAAAUCGAGGAUCUAUUAGUGGAAAAUGACAAGUCGCUAACAAAUUUCCAUGACAUGCCACUGCCUGACAAAGCUAUUUUGAAAAGAAUCAGCCAUAAUUGUCUUGCAGAAGACCUGCAAUUCGACGUCAACAAAGAGAGGGAUGACCAUUCCAGAUUAUUUCCAUCACUGAAUGAAGAACAAAAACAAGUAUAUAAUGCAGCCUUGAAAUCCGUCGAAAAUAAGUCAGGGAAACUGUUCUUUCUUCUAGGGCCAGGGGGUACAGGAAAAACAUUCCUCUAUCAAACCAUCAUAGCUAAGCUACGUUCAAUCAGAAAAAUAGUAAUCCAUGUUGCAUCCGCUGGAAUAGCAGCUCUCCUCCUACAUGGCGAAAGAACAGCUCAUUCACGAUUCAAGAUUCCAAUAAACAUCAAUGAAGGGUCAACAUGUGAAAUAAAGGCUGGUACAAUGCUAGCUAUGUUAAUAUCAAAGGCCGACUUAGUAAUAUGGGAUGAAGCAUCCAUGGCACAUAGACAUGCGUUUGAAGCAGUGAAUCGAACAAUCAUAGAACUGAUGGCCUUAGACGAUGAGACUGCACUGACCAAGCCGUUUGGAGGAAAAACAGUUUUACUAAGAGGAGAUUUCAGGCAAAUAUUACAUGUUAUUCCCCAAGGAAGUCGCUAG